GGGAGGUGGGUUCACAACUGUUCCUCCCCUUCUCUUCUGAUGACAUCUACCUUCCAUGGUAGCUGUCGUCAGCAUCUCCGUGCUCUCCGAAACUCUAUCCCCAUAUCUUGGCUCUAGGCUGCUCCCCGACGAUUCUCGCAGCUCUGGUGUGCCUUUUGCUUCUGGCUCUCUGUCCCUUUCUCUGUUUCCUUUGUGCUGAGGUCCAGAGUGGUUGGCGUGCAAAUGGCAGUACAACAACUGCUUGAGAACUUGAGACUCCGCACCUCUCUCCAUCCCCCGCUAACUCCGCUUGGUCUUGAAGGAACACACAAUCGCAGCUUUCCCCGACCAACCCUCUCUCAACUAGCUGAGACAUGGCGGGAGGUGCAGGGCGCAGAUGACUGGAAGGGUAUGUUAGAGCCUCUCAACGACCACUUGAGGGCUGAGCUCAUCAGAUACGGCGAACUUGCACAAGUUUCUUACGACAGUUUCGAUUACGACAAGCACUCGAAGUUUUGCGGGAGCUGCCGCUACUCCCCUGACAGUCUGUUCGAAGAAGUUGAUCUGCACCACACAGGCUACACCGUUACCUGGUACAUCUACGCCACAGCGAAUGUGAGAGUUUGGAGCUUCCUGAGGAGAUCAGAGCGGGAGGAUGCUUGGAGUAAAAAAUCAAAUUGGAUUGGGUAUGUGGCAGUUUGUACAGACGAGAAGGAGAUCAAUAGACUAGGAAGACGAGAUAUUCUGGUUGUUUGGAGAGGCACCGUCACGGGAUUAGAAUGGGCCGCGAAUGCACAGUAUUUCCUCGUUCCUUGUGCCUUCAUAGACGGAGGCAAUGAUAACGAGUCGACUCCUAAAGUUGAAGCCGGAUUUUUAAGCCUGUAUACUUCGGCCGACGAUUCAUCAAGAUUUAACAAGAUCAGUGCUCGAGAGUAUGCUGUGAAAGAAAUCGUUAGGUUGAUUGAGGAAUACAAAGACGACGGCCAUGAGCUGAGUAUUACGAUUUGCGGACACAGCCUUGGUUCAGGACUGGGUCUUCUUUUUGCAUACGAUGUAGCAAACUCAAAACUGAACCAAAUCAGCCAGGAGAGAACUAUUCCUAUAACGGUGUUUUCCUUCGGAGGUCCUCGCGUUGGUGAUGGUGUGUUUAAGCAACGGGUCGAGGACCUUGGAAUCAAGGUUCUUCGCGUUGUGAACAAAGGCGACAUAGUACCUCACGUGCCCGGGACACACCUUCUUGAGAGCUUUAAAAGUGCGUACCACCACUUAGGAGUAGAAUUCCUACUUGACGAUCAGCAGUCGUUGCACUUAAACCAAUCCAAAGGGCGUCAUUUCUCAGUUGAAAAUUUGAUCGAAUUGUCGCUGGAGAGGCAGCUUAGUGCUUUUGCUGUGCAUCACAAUCUAGAGGUGUAUCUGCACUUGAUCGAUGGGUAUGGUAGGUAUGACAAGCCACCGACCCGAGACCCUGUGCUCGUCAACAAGGGUUGUGGAUUCCUCAAAGAAAACAAGUACGUACCCGAAUGCUGGUGGCAGGUCGAGAACAAAGGCUUGAGAUACUGCGAAUAUCAAAACAGGUACUUUCAACCAGAAAGAGCUUAUAAAGACCGCCCUGUCCCUCCCGAGCAGGAGGUGGUCGAUGCAUCGAAGGCUCUUUCGAAAUCCCUCUCCCUUCACAACAGCAAGUCGUAGUACCUCAUGGGGCAGGCACCCAGCUGUGAAGGGCGUGGGUGGUGGCGCUUUCUGCAGCCUACAGGGGCCCAUUGGAAGCUUUGUGGAGGAUGGCAUGUAGGGGAGGCCUUACAAGGGUGUGAGGCUUGCCAGCACAGGCUUGCUUCCGUCCAUGAAGCGGACGAUGCAAGUGUGCAUGGGUUGGCAGUGGGAGGAAUCGACAGAAAGCGGCACAAGCAUCGCCGGUUCACUACAGUAAUGGAUCACAAGUUGAUGCUUCAGCACCCCUCCGGUGGCGCCCCACGUCCCUGGCAAGCUGCAGCUGCGAGAAGAAGAGGGCGGCAUUGAAGUGAAAGUUGAGCGGUGUUUUAGGGGUGGGAAGCUUUUGCGGAGUGAGAGAGUGCUGGAGAGAAGGACAGACAUGAGCCAGGUUGUGAAAUAGUCUGGAUCACAGCCAGAAGGCAGUGCAUUCGUUCUCGUGGUGCUGCCUUUCUGUGUCUGGAUUCCAUGCCACAAUGCUGGGUAGGCGCUGCACACAGUUAGUUAGUAAGUAGGUCAUGUGCAGGACAUCUUUGGUUACAACACACUGUGAAGUGUGCAUCAAACAUCUUGUUGAAAGAUGCAAUGUUAGGAUGUGAAGGAUAGUGAGAUGCUGCUAUGUUCAAUUUGUGCAUCAAUAUGCAUUUGAGAUGGUUCAAUGGUUCAACUUUGAAGUGUAUGUGAUGACAUUUAAAUUUUGUAAUCAAAAUAUUUUGUUGAAUGGCACAUUUA